AUGGAUAGUUCAACUCCGUUUCAACCUUGGUCUAGUGACGAUAAUUCAAAGAAUGUUAAAUCUGAAAGAGAAUUAGUAGAUGACGCGAAACUUCAUCGGGAAAAUGUCAAUCAUCCAAAACAUAGGCAAACUGCGUCUUACAAUAAAGAAAGUGUCGUCGAUCCUAGCGUCGUUCCUGGACCAUCGAGUGCCACGGACACCGAUGUCCAUCCACUCGGUGGUAAGGAGUCAAAAAUGGACUCCAGCAAAAUAGCUUCCAUGCAACAAAUAGUCGAGAACACACUCAGUCAAGAGGGCCGUCAAAGAGUGUCACAUUUGCUGGAAGCUGUAGAGGGUCUCAGUGGUGCGGAGAGACUGUUGCUAUAUCUUCGUCUACCAACCGGUGUACCUCCACACGAUCCACUUAAACAGCCGGUCAAUCCGCUGGGCUCCAGAGCUGAACUACAGCAGACCGUAACGUGGAUACAAACACACUUGGAGGUUGAUCCUGACGUUUCUUUGCCAAAACAAGAUGUUUACGAUGAAUACAUAGCUCAUUGUAUGACCAGCAAUAUGAAACCAUUAUCGACCGCUGAUUUCGGCAAAGUCAUGAAACAGGUGUAUCCGAGUGUGCGCCCGCGCAGGUUAGGAACGCGCGGCAAUUCAAGAUACUGCUACGCUGGUCUACGGAAGAAAGUUAAACUUGAAGUGCCACAGUUGCCAAAUUUGGGUGAAUCGACCAAGGAACCAAGCGUGCCUUCAAGAGAAAGUGAAAGAAUCAUUUGUGAUUGGGCUGAAACUAAAUUGGGCGUUAAGUUCAUGAACAUAUCGGAGUUAUCUCGUCACUUGUUAAACGCGACGCGCGCUCCGCCCGGUCCGACCAGCGCCACACCGCCCCCACAAACGCAUGGAUCUGAUGAACCACCGGGACCACAGUUAAUGAAACAACAGUUAAAGAGAAAGCUACAGACGCAGGGUACAGUGGGUAGACCGAAAAAGAACAAGGGGCAAGAAGUAGCCGGGGAAUCGCCGCCGUCCACUUCAUACGUAAGCCAUACCACAGUGAAACAUGAGAGCGAAUUAGUACCAGAAUCGUACGGAUAUCAGCAAGCUUACAUGCCCGUGUAUGACGUACGGCCGGCCUUCCCCUAUGCGGCGCCACCCCGUGCUCACCCUCCACACCCUCACCCGCCUCACCCUCAUCCUCCACCACCGCACCCUCCCGCCAUCCCAGUACACGACUACCGGCCCGAUCCUUACGUCUUCGAGCCGCCGUAUGCACCGCGCGACCUCACUCUCCCGGACACGGCCCACAACGUACCGAUCAACCUCAGCAGUGAUGUUUCCCUCGACCUAUCCACCGAGCGCACGGAGUGGCAACGCCGCCGUCCCCCGGACCCUCCGGCCCAAACCACCCGUCUCCCGCUGCCUGGGAAGAAGUUGAUCUUGGAGACGUAUCAGAGCGAGACUCAAGCCAGCUCCCCUCGCUCCUCACAAACGGACACGCGAGCCGUCCACCAGCCGCCAGAAGAAUUCCAGCCCACCGAAUACUUGCCUAAGAAGAUGCGCGCCGCUGAGAUACUGGGCGGUAAGUUGGCGGCACCGAGACAGGUCGCCGCUGCGGACGCGUCGACGUCAUCAUCGACAGGGGCGGAAUCGGCACGUUCCGAGGUUGCUUUUUUAGAGGAUCCAAAAAACUUAACGAACCGGUCCAAAAGCACCGCCGCGGCGCUGGCCCGGGAGGAACAGGAGGCGGCGAGUCCGACACGGUCGGUGAAGGCUCCGACGCCUAAACACAAUCGAACUAAACUGAGAAAAUCGGCACACAUGCGAACGAAAGGGCCGUCUCCGGAGGGGAACGAGCACGACCCCCCCGCGGCGCAAGAUACCUGCUGUGGUAUUAAUGGGAUCAAUAUCAUAACAGGAAUGAUCUGCGGGGAAAAACAUUCUGAGAUAUUGAACCGUGAACGAGUUAUUAGCAUCUGUAAUAUCGAUAAACACGAUUUAGACGAUUAUCUCAAUGAGGGUAAUAGUCAGGAACACGAGGAAGAAUUGAUGCAAUACUUCCAUCAUCGCGAUAGUGAUACAGAUGUACCAGCAAAACCCAAUCAGAAUGAUAAUACAACGACUUUUUUAGAAACAGGUCAGGACCCACACGACGAACAUAGUCAGGGGAAGAGUGAAAAAAUAUCGCAACUGCGAGAACUACUAGCUAAGAAUUUGAAAAGUGGGUCCAAUACACAGAAUUUAUUAUUAAAUCUAGAAAAACAAACUCCGAUUAAUAAUAACCAUGAAACACAUGUUAAUAAGAGUUCAAUAUCGGAUGGAGCAUUUAGGCCACUAAACAACGUUAUAGAAAUGAUUAACGGUUCCAAUGGCUCAAACGAAAAUGAAAAUAAUGUAAGGAAAAAAUGUGAUAAUAUUCCAAAUGAAAACGGAACAUCCGCUUGUGCUCCGGAGACUUCACACACUCAGGUAAUGACUACAGCGACUGGGUCUCAUCUUUACAAUGGUAACUGUCAUACGGAACCACAAAGUCCAACUACUAGAACGCAACAAUACGAUUUUGUACCAAUAUCAGAAGGAAGUCAUUCUCCUGGGAAUUUUAAUUCGAAAUCUCCAUUGGGCUUUGGACAACGAGGGCACAGUCCAACGAAAACAAAUAAACCUAUAAUAAUGGGUGGUUCCUUGCAAACAUCUCCGAUUUCACAUAGCAUGGCAGCAAGUCCUUUUGUCAGCCCAAGAAAUACCCCGGUGCCAAGGUCACGCUAUUGUUCUAGACCAAUACCUAAACAUAACAAUAGAAAGAGACGUACCAUUUUGUCACUCGGUGUAAAUGAGACUGGCACUAAACAAUUCGCAAUACCAAAUGAUCAGAAAUUCCUACCGAAGUCCUCCUUGGGUGGGCAGAAUAUAAAAUAUUUACAACCAAUGUCAGCACCUCCAUCGCCCAACCUCCUACCACACUUUAAACAACAGAUGAUACCGAAUUCAAUCCUACCAAAUGGCACUAGUAGUAUGUGCUUUGCGUCAAAUAACUUUCGAGAGAAUGUUAAUGGUGAAAUGCCACAACCAUUAUCAGCAGAUCCUUUGUCCAGUGAAGUGAGUCAAUUUUUUCAGGAGCCUGUAACGGGUUACAGAAUAGCUCAUGAUACUUCUUUUAGAUCACAAUCGGUACCAUUGAAACAGGCAACCAUAAACAUUGGCUUGUUAAGCUACAACAAUACACCAGUCGGUUCCGUCCCACCUACACCAGUACCGAAUGAGUUUUGCGAUUUUGGUUCUUUAGCUGACACUUGUGAUAUAUCUAGAGCUGGACUCAAUCCUGAGACCCUAGAUAAAAUAUACGACGCUAUUGAUAGCAGCAAUGACGUACUUAACGGUGGCACGAGUAAUAACAUAUUAAACUCCAGCGACACCCUAACUAACGGUUGUGAUCCUUUACCCGAGCAACAGAUUCUGAUAGAUGAACAGUUAAGUUCACUUAUACCUAGCGGGGAAGAAUUGCUUGAAAGGAGCUCCCUUAUGACCAGCGGAGAAGACUUACUCGACAGGGGUGAACAAUUCAACGAGUCGUUUCCCAAUGACUCGACGGCUUCAGAGAAUGUGGAAGAGUUCUUGAAACGUACAAACAGCAUAGAAUUUGAUUUAUCUGACUUGGUGACAGAAAAAAGUAAAUACUACGCAUCACGUUCCGUACCAAGUACCCCAUUGCCUUACAAGCGAGCUGCUUCGAACUUACAAAUAGAUCCACGGAACGCUAGAGAUCUCUUUGCUACUGACAAUUAUUCCAGUGUAACGAACGGUAUAUCUUCAAAAUCUGUGCCAUCUACACCACAAUUAGCGGAAGAUCGGAGUGUUUUCAGUUACACCAACAGAGACUUUCUCAUUAACGGUAACUCGGUGGACAUGUGCUCUAAUCAGAUUAGGCAACCGGUUGAUAAUGACCAAGCCUUGACGUCUCCACUUGAGGAAAUACUAGGUCCUCUAACUCCAGCCGCAGAUCUAUUGGCUGACCUCGACAAAAUAGAUACAGCUCCAUAUGUUGACCUCUAG